AUGGAUAUGAGUUCCAUGUCCGGGAUGGCCAUGUCGACAAUGGCCUCGUCGAUGACCAUGGCCAUGUCGUCAACCGGUACGGCGGCGGCUGCCUCGUCCACCAGCACUAUGGAUAUGUCGUCGAUGGAUUCUUCGAUGGACAUGGGCGGCGAUUGCAAAGUUUCGAUGCUGUGGAACUGGUAUACGAUCGAUGCCUGCUUCCUCGCAAAAUCAUGGCACAUCACCUCGCGCGGCAUGUUUGCCGGCUCGUGCAUCGGCGUGAUCCUGAUGGUCAUGUUGCUCGAGUUUCUCCGCCGCACCGCAAAGGAGUACGACCGCCUGCUGCUGCGCCAGCACCAGCGCGCCAUGUUCGCCGAGGCCUCGUCAUUCGGUAGCUCGACGCCCCAACGGACCCCAGUGCCCGAACCCGAACCCGCUCCCACCAGCUGCUGUGACGGCGCCGACUCGAUCGAGAGCGAGAAAAAUGAUAAGCCUGCCGCUGCCGUCGUCACCGCUCCCCGAGCCGCCGCAUUUCCAAGCAGGAGGACGACGAGGUUCAGGCCGAAUGUCAUGCAGCAAGCCAUCAGGGCGCUGUUGCACUUGCUUCAAUUCGCCCUGGCCUAUUUUGUCAUGCUGCUCGCCAUGUACUACAACGGCUACUUGAUUAUUUGCAUUUUCAUUGGCGCAUUCUUAGGUGCAUUCAUCUUCUCAUGGGAGAGCGUCGAGGUGACUAUUGGAGGAGCCAGCGGAAUGGAAGUGGAAGAGGAUCCUACCGUUUGCUGCGGUUGA